AUGAAAUUAUUGAUAGAAAAUUAUAAUGCAAAUAUUCAUAUUACCGACAAUAUGGGAUGGACAAUAUUAUGGCAUCUUGUUCAUUGUUUAAAUGAAAAAUCUUUGCUCUACUUAUGCAAACGAAUGAAUAAUAUUUCAAUUGAAAUAAAUCGUUCAGAUAAACAUGGUGUAACACCAUUGCAUGCAGCUGCUGCUUUUAAAGCUCUAACAAUUGUUAAAAUUCUUGUUGACUAUGGUGCAAAUGUAAACGCGGUUGAUAAUAAUAAUUCAACUCCUUUGCACUAUGCCUAUCAUCGUGCAACACCUGAUAUUGUUAAUAUUUUACUUCAGGCCGAUUCUGAUUCAUUUAAAAAAGAUUCGAACGAAAUGACACCAGUUGAAAUUAUUUUUACACUUCGCAAUUUCCCAAUAAUCAAUGUAGAUUUAUCGCUGAUAAUUUAUAUUUUAUUAGUGUAUCAGCUGAUGAAAUAUGUCGAUGAUAUUUGCUCAUAUCUAUCUCAAAUGAUACAUGUAAAUGGUAUUGGUCAACUGCCAAUAUUAGAUGAAAUUGAUCAAUUGACUCAUGAUAUUGAAUUAUUUGUAGAACAAUUAUGUACAUUUAUUGGUAAUGUAGAUAGCAGAUUUAAAGGAAAACUAAUUAAAUCUGGUAGCUUUUAUGAACAGACAAAAAACGGUGAUCCAGAUGAAUAUGAUUUUAUGAUUGAUCUAGAAUAUAGAUGUUUAUCAAUAUACGGUUUGAGUCAUCGAAAUAAAAUUAGUCAAAUAUAUCCAACAUCAAAAUAUGCAUCAUGUGAAUUACUGUGUAAAUGGUUUGGAUCUUAUUAUAAACAAUUAAUGAUAAGUAUUGAUCUUGUACCAGCAAUUAAAUUGACUAAACAUCCAUCGACAAUAAAUCUUAGAAAAAAAAUCUCUUUUACUGACAGUUUAUAUGUGGUUGUGAAACAUGAUUCAUGGCGUUUAUCAUUUUCAUGUAUUGAGAAAACUAUCAUGCAAACAUUAUCGUCUGAAGAUAAAAAUACUUAUUUAGCUGCUAAAAUCAUGUUACAUCCAAUGAUAUGUCCGUCUGUCGCUGCUACAUGGGAUUCAGGUACAUUAUUCAAUGAUAAGAAUAGUAGUAAACAAAUUGUAUCCGGUGUAGUUGAUAUUAAUCAUUCACUAGAGCCACUCUUAAAUGAAUCUGUACAGGUGGCUGAUGAUAUACUCGUAUGGCAAUCAUUAUUACCAAAACGGAGCUACGAACAAACAUCAAGACAAAUAUUGUCCACAUGUAAAAAUGAUACUAACUAUGAUUUAUGUAAAACAAUUUUACCGUGCAAUCUGAUAUCAUCCUAUACAUUGAAAAUUAUACUGUUUAAUAUGAGAAAACGAAUGAAUGGUCAAAUAACUCCACGUAUGCUGUUUAAUGAAUUGUAUACGUGUUGUAACACGCCUAUUUUAUCAGUAGUUGACGAUGGACGAGGCGGUGACGGGGCAGAAAGCUUACGGGGCGAUCCCCGCGAAGUAGAUUUUUCGAAAUUUGACGAGGUACGGAGCGAUAACGAGGCAGGAAAAGCUGCUGCAGAAUCUGUUUGGCAUUGUAUUGUAACCAUCGCCGGUACGCCUACACCAGGUGCUGUCUCAUUUCUACAAUAA